AUGGAUCCAAUUCUGGCCCAACUCUGCAAAGGCGAGGGAAACGAUCUGGCCCAGCUCGAAGGAACGAUCCCCGGCCCCGUCGGAACUCCGUACGAGGGCGGAAUCUUUCACAUUGACAUCCAAUUGCCCGGUAACUACCCUUUUGAGCCUCCACAGAUGAAGUUCAGUACAAAAGUUUGGCACCCAAAUAUCUGUCAUCAAAGUGGAGCUGUUUCUCUCUCGGCAGAAUUUUAUUUGGAGGGUAAAUGGAAUCCUACGGUCACUCUGCAGAAUGUUCUUCUCUCUCUGCAGGCUUUACUCUCUAGACCUGCACCUUAUGGCCCCCAAGCCGAUAAAACGGUUUCUGAUCAGUUAACGAAGAACUAUUCUGAAUUUUGCAACCAUGCUCGGAACUGGACUGAAGCUUUUGCCAAGACUACAGCACCCGUUGGGCUAAAGGAGCAGAGGCUAGUCGAGAUGGGUUUCCCUGAGGCUCGUGUGAAGAGGGUAUUGGAAGAGGUUGAUGGUGACGAGAAAAGGGCUCUUGAACGGCUGACCUCGAACAAACACCAAAAAAUUCAUCAUCACAGCUCUUAAAAGGCUUUGCUCAGAAUAAACCAAAGAGAUUCAUCCAUGCAUUCAACUGUAGAAAUCGCUAUAUCGUGGAUUCUUUCUUUACACGUUGAAGCAGUGAGGAGGCUUUUACAGCAGCUUCUUGUUAAUAGUUUUGGACAAGUGACACAUCUAGAACUGAUCUAUGGAAGGUCAACAUUUUUUUGAUAAGUUUUUGUUGAUAAGAUUUACGGUCCAUAUAACACAACAAACGAGAUUUUAAAGCAAGCAUAUGGAAAGCAGAAUUGAGAUGUACAUCCUCUUACAGUGACUUUUGAGUUUCAGAAUCCGAUCAUUUUCUACUAGUUGUUACCUGUAAACAUGUUCGCAAUAUUCAAUGAUUGCUGGUUAUAGAUGUAAUUCAAAAUACCUGAGGUUAUUGUAUUGUAAUGCAGUUCCAGGUUCUUGUUUCUGUAUAUACUUCCAGGUUUACUAUUGAUAAAAGUAUGGCAAUG